AUGGCAACCAAAAUACGUGGAUAGAGACGAAAGGCAUCUACAGAAGAAGAAAAAAACGGUCUAUAAAAGGUCACACAUCCGCAAAAGCCUCUUUAACAAAUUUUCUCCAAAACCUCUCUCUCUAACAUUUUACCUUUUAACAGAAAAAAAAAUGGCAAGUGGUAACCCUGUAACCGCCAAACCCACGCCUGCACCGGUGGACAUGGCGAAUCCCGAGGAGCUGAAGAAGGUUUUCGACCAGUUCGACUCCAACGGCGACGGCAAGAUCUCGGUGACCGAGCUCGGAGGCGUUUUCAAGGCCAUGGGGACUUCCUACACCGAGACGGAGAUCAACCGCGUCCUGGAGGAGGUCGACACCGAUCGCGACGGCUUCAUCAACGUGGACGAGUUCUCCGCUCUCUGCCGCUCGUCCUCCUCCGCUUCCGAGAUCCGCGACGCCUUCGAUCUGUACGAUCAGGACAAGAACGGGCUCAUCUCCGCGGCCGAGCUCCACCAGGUGCUUAACCGCCUCGGGAUGUCGUGCUCCGUGGAGGACUGCGCUAAGAUGAUCGGGCCUGUGGACGCUGACGGCGACGGGAAUGUAAAUUUCGAGGAGUUUCAGAAGAUGAUGACGUCAUCCUCCCUCGCUAACAGCAACAACGGAUCGUCGGCCUAGGGUUUUCUAGAUUCCGUAUCAGGAUCGUCUCUAAAACUGGGAAGAAUAAUUACUACUAUGCUUCGUUUAGGUGCUUUUUUAAAAAAAAUGUGAUAAAAAAAGUCUAACUUCGAUCCGUCGUUGUUCGGUUGUUCUUGUUCAAACAAAUUUGGUUUUCUAA